GAGAGAGUUGAUCGGAGAUGGCGAGGCCGCGGUGCUUUCUGGAUAUAAGCAUCGGAGGGGAGCUGGAAGGGAGGAUCGUUGUGGAGCUUUACAAUGAUGUGGUUCCCAAAACCGCCGAGAAUUUCAGAGCUCUUUGCACUGGCGAGAAAGGCAUUGGUCCUAACACCGGCGUUCCCCUCCAUUACAAGGGAGUCCGUUUUCAUCGUGUUAUUAAGAGCUUCAUGAUACAAGGAGGUGACAUUUCUGCUGGGGAUGGUACCGGAGGAGAAUCCAUUUAUGGACUAAAAUUUGAGGAUGAAAAUUUCGAGUUGAAGCAUGAGAGAAAGGGGAUGUUAUCCAUGGCUAAUGCUGGACCAAACACAAAUGGAUCUCAAUUUUUUAUCACAACCACUCGCACUGCUCAUCUUGAUGGAAAGCAUGUUGUAUUCGGGAAGGUAAUAAAGGGAAUGGGAGUUGUUCGUUCUAUCGAGCAUGUCCAGACAGGUGAAAAUGAUUGCCCUACUGCCGAUGUUAUUAUCGCUGAUUGUGGAGAAAUUCCGGAGGGAGAAGAUGAUGGAAUUGCAAACUUUUUCAAUGAUGGUGAUAUGUAUCCUGAUUGGCCAGCUGACCUUGCUGAAAAUCACACUGAGCUCUCUUGGUGGGUGGCUGCUGUUGAGUCAAUCAAGGCAUUUGGUAAUGAACAUUUUAAGAAGCAAGACUAUAAGAUGGCUCUUAGAAAGUAUCGAAAAGCUUUGCAUUAUUUGGAUGUCUGUUGGGAAAAGGAAGGGAUUGAUGAAGACAAGAGUCUGUAUUUGAGAAAGAUUAAGUCACAGAUAUUCACUAACACUUCGGCUUGUAAACUGAAAUUGGGAGAUUUAAAGGGAGCACUCUUGGAAGCUGACUUUGCAAUGCGAGAUGGAGAGAACAAUGCAAAAGCUCUAUUUCGCCAGGGUCAGGCACACAUGGCUCUCAAUGACAUAGAUGCUGCAUUUGAAAGUUUUAAGAAAGCACUUGAAUUGGAGCCAAAUGAUGGUGGAAUUAGAAAGGAACUUACUGCUGCAAAGAAAAAGAUUGCUGAUAGACGUGAUCAGGAGAAAAAAGCAUAUGCUAAGAUGUUCAAAAAAAUUUGAGGUUCCUUGGAAGAAUAAUGAAUACUUGCUUGCAGAAUUAUAAUAGUACAAAAUUAAUUCCUGGGCCAACUUGUGUUCCUUAUUUAUUCUAUUUUCAAUUGACCGUACAUUCAAUCAGAAGACAGCUCCCUUCAUUCCCUUGCUUUGGUUUUGGUCUCGUCAUAUAUUUUCUUAAUAAUUGCGAAUUGUGUCCAAA